GUUAUGUUGGUGUUUUGAAUUGAAUGUGAAAAGCAGAGUUUCAAGAACUGCCACUUUCUCUCGCGAUCCUGUAUCUGCCAGAUGUUUUAAAUCAGUUGGAUCUUUAACUGGAAUUAAAAGCAGUACAUUCAAAAUGAGUAAAAUUUCAAAGAUGUUUAAAGUUAGCUCAUCAAGCUCAUCCAGCUCCAGGCCUAGUUCUGGUUCUAGUUCUGGAUCCGUUUCUAGAUCUAAGCAUCGGUCUCGGUCUGGUCCAUCACCCCAAGAGGCCAUCAACAGACUGAGAGAGACAGAGUCCAUGUUAACCAAAAAACAGGAAUACCUGGAGAGCAGAAUCGAGCAGGAAAUCACGAUUGCCAAGAAGAAUGGCACCAAAAACAAGAGAGCUGCACUUCAGGCUCUUAAGAGGAAGAAACGCUUCGAACAGCAGCUGACGCAGAUUGACGGGACACUGUCCACUAUUGAAUUCCAGCGAGAGGCCCUUGAGAAUGCCACCACAAACACAGAGGUUCUGAAGAACAUGGGUUAUGCAGCUAAAGCCAUCAAAGGGGUUCACCAGAACAUAGAUCUAGAUAAGAUUGACACCCUCAUGCAGGACAUUACAGAACAACAGGAAGUAGCUCAAGAGAUCAGUGAUGCCAUCUCAAAACCAUUUGGUGAUCAGUUUGAUGAGGAUGAAUUGUUGGCAGAGUUGGCAGAGUUGGAACAAGAAGAACUAGAAGAAAGUAUGAAGAAUAUGGGAAGAUUACCAAGUGUACCAACCACCAAACUGCCUAGUGCAAGACCAAGCCACCUUGCAACCUCAAAGAAGAGAGUGGAGGACGAUCAUGACAUGAAGAGGUUGUCUGCAUGGGCUUCAUAAGCAGCAGUACAAACUCUUUCUUCUUUUUGCUUUUUGCUAACUUGCACUCUUAGCUCUACAUCCAAGAAUUUGUGUCAAAUUAUAAGAUAUUUUUAUAUACAAAAGUAGAGAAAUUAAGCUAAACAUUUGUAUUCAAGCUAAUGAUUUUGUUGUGUGUUGAUCUUUAAGAUGAAGGAUUACUUUGGUGGCAACUUGGUGUAAAUAGUAACAUUUUAUUAGUGAAGGACAGUAAACUGUUAAUUUUUAAGAAAAUGUAGAAUCAGGGUUUUGUUAAAAAAAUAAAC